AUGAUCGGUUCCCGAGAUCAUCAUAGAUUGAACACUGAACAUCAGUUCUAUUAUAUUAGUUUCAACUUUGUAAUAUUUUUUUCUUCCUCGUGCAGGCAGCUUACAGAUGUUCCAGAUUUGUCCAGAUUCACCCAACUGAGAUACAUCUGGCUUAAUAAUAACAGGAUAAGGGCCAUCCAAGGUCCUGUGUUUCAUUGCUGUUUAGCAGAGCUGUACCUCCAGAACAAUGAGAUUUCCUCAAUUACAGGGGUUCUGAGGCACCUGAGGUGUCUGCGAGUGUUGCUGCUUCACAAUAACCACCUGCGUAACCAGGAGGAAACAGUGACUGAACUGAGACGGUUGCAGCACCUCCAAACACUCAAUUUGUUCCUGAAUCCCUUUACGCAAGAUCCCCUGUAUCGGGAAUACACUGUCCAUCACUUACCAUCUGUUCAAUUAUUGGACAGAAAAGAGGUGAAACAGGAGGAGAGAAGACGUGCUUUUAAACUCUUCAGUCCAGAGAAACAGGUGAUUCUUGACACACUCGCCUUCGGCAGACGAGCACCGGCGAGAAGGAAAAUGACUCAGGACACACAGAGAGGUCAGUGGAGAGGCAAAGCAAAGUGCACAAAAUGCCCGUUUGAUGUGAUCGACGACUUGUGUGAGCGCAGGGCCGCGCAGAGAUCCUUCAUGCAGUUCUCUACUCUGGACUGGAGCAGCAUGAGAAGAGCUCAGCAGCACCCCCUGGAGGAGCAGAGUUCAACUGCAGCCAAAAUCCUUACAGUGGAAUUCGGAUAA